GGCCAUGGACCCAGCCCCGCCACCGCCCGAAGAAGGAGAGGGGGAAGAGCACCUGGAUCCUGUGCUCUGGUUGGAUAUCCCUGAGCAUCCCGAGGGCGGAAUUUCGCCCGUCACGGUCUCGCCGUCUCUGCCGUUAGAACAGCAGAUCCACGCGGCCGCUCGACACGGUCAGACGGCCAAAGUCCACGCCUUAUUGGGCGAACGGGCCGCCCCCGAUCAGGCUGAGUUGUUGCGGGCGCGGGUCAAAAGUCAGGGCGAGGAGACGACUCCGUUGAUUGCGGCGGCUCGUUACGGGCAUCAGAAAACGGUUCAGUUACUCUUGAGCCGCUUCCGUCCGGACUUGGAGACCACGGGCACGGUCAAAUUCGGCCAUUAUGCCAUCGAAGGCGCCUCAGCCUUGUGGGCGGCGGCUGGAGCCGGGCACAUGGCCGUGGUUCAGGCCCUGAUCCAAGCCGGAGCCGAUAUCAAUCAUAUGACCAAAAUUCGUUCCACCCCUUUGCGUGCCGCAUGUUUUGAGGGUCGCUUGGAUAUUGUGCAAUUGCUAAUGCAGCACGGGGCGGACCUUCAUUUGGCCAACGAGUUCAACAACACCUGUCUCAUGAUUGCCUCUUUCAAGGGUCACUUGGACGUCGUGCGGUUCCUCUUAGAUAAAGGCGCGGAUCCCAACGUUGCGGCCAAAUGCGGUGAGACUGCCUUGCAUUUUGCGGCCGAAGUCGGCCAUGUGGCGGUAGUUCAAGCCUUACUCAUGGCUGGUGCCCACAUCCUGAAAAAUGGCCACGAUAUGACACCCCUUAUUUCGGCCGCCGAGCGUUGUCAAGCCGAGAUAGUCGAAUACAUGAUCAGUCGUCCCGAGGUCUCCAAAUUGGAACGGAUCGAUGCCUUGGAGCUUCUUGGCGCCAGUUUCGCCAAUGAUCGCGAGAACUACGACAUUCGCCGAUCCUUUCAAUACCUUCUACAGGCCAUGCAAGAGCGCUGGAGCGAUUUGGACAAUGUGAUAUGUAAGCGAGUGUGUCCGAGCAUUCCCGCCUACGACGAUCGCGUCGAGUGUGAAGCGCCCGAAGAUCUGAUUGCCAUCGAAGCCGACGAUCACGCCCUCCACAUGGAAAGUCUGGCCAUUCGAGAGCGAAUCCUGGGUUCCGAUAAUCCCGAAGUGCCUCAUCCCGUGAUAUUUCGUGGGGCUGUGUUUGCCGACAGUGCCCAAUUCGACAAGUGUCUACAACUAUGGUUUCACGCCCUCCGUUUGAGACGUCAGAACUGCGCCAAUGUGGCUCGUGAUCUCCUUCGAUUCGCUCAAGUGUUCAGUCAGAUUGUUCAUGUGGGACUGACGGUCGAAUUCGAUCAAUUGCUCGAGGUGAUCUCAGCAUGUCAAGGCGAGAUGAAGCGCAAUCUUCUUGAGAGCGAGCCUUCAGAGGACGCAUGGGAAGAACUGGAAAGUAACAUGAACACUUUCCUCUACUUCCUUGUCAUUUACGGCAAAACCCGCAAGGCCACCAGUGAGACCGAUCACUUUCGACUGAUGAAACUCGUCUACGCGGCCGUGGAACUAAAGCCCUUGAACCGACGAGGCCAGACGUUGCUGCAUCUGGCCGUCCACUCAGAAACGCCCGUGGAUGAAUUCCACACGAAUGCCCUGAUCCAAUUCCCGUGCUCGUCCACCACGAAGCUCCUGAUCGAAGCAGGUGCGGAUGUGGGCGCUAUGGAUGCUCAAAGGAACACUCCUCUACAUUGCAUUGUCACCUAUCAACGCGUCGUGAAUGAUUUCAUCACCUUACACACGAUCAUUACGGUCCUCGUUGGGUCUGGAGCGCACACGGAUGUGGUCAAUUUGGAGGGGAAGACGCCUCUGCAGGCUGCUACAACGGGUGUGGCAGAAAUCAUCCUGAAAGGUCAGGCCAGACUCACUCUCAAAUGUUUGGCGGCACAAUCGGUCAAGAAGCAUCGACUCACUUACCAAGGCCAAGUCCCCGAAGCCCUCGAGACCUUCAUUGAGCUUCAUGGACCCUGACCAAUACCAAACUCAACUGUUACAUCCACGAAUAUCUUUAUUGACUAUCUUCAUGAAUUCAAUCGAUUAGCAUUACAUUUGCAGCUUCAAACACGCCGCGUUGAUUCCAUCGCCUUUAUAUUGGCUGACCAAAUCGAGGAUGGCUCGUUUCUUCUGACUGGCAUAGGACGAUUCGAGUUCGUAGAUGGUGCAUAGAUUCAAGAUCACGGUCUCGUGUAGGAUCAAAUGCGGCUUACGCGUGAUCCGGGCCUCUAAAUAGUCCAAGCCUUCCUUGAGACUGCCACAAUAAAUGUGACAGAGAGCAAUGUUGUUCAUCACAGUUGGAUUGUCCGGAUUCAAGUCAUCGGCUUUCUUGAAAUGAUUUAAUGCAUUGGGGAAGUCUGAGUUGCCAAUGGACAAAUGUGCCAAGUCCACAAGGUGGUCGACCUUCUCUUCGGUGGAAUUAUCUGUCUGAGCCUUGAACGCCCUCGAGAAGAGGGUCUCUGCCUCGCGAAUAUCGCCUAAAAAUAAGAAUGGUCAGGUGGUUUUUUUUCUUCUACUAAAUGUGAUGAGAUCACCAACGAACCUAGUUGCAAAUAUACUCGGCCCAUGGCAGACAGAA